AUUGCAAAAUGUGUCGGAUGUGAUCGGAAAAUAAGAGCUACUGCUGACGUGACCUCCAAUUUUGUGAAGCAUUUAAGGGUCAAACAUAGCGAAUUGUAUGCGGAAUACAAAAGUUUAAAGUCGGGCAGCCCUUUUGGCAAUUCUGCGCAAGCUGCCUUCGAUAGAAAACUUUUGCAUGCUAUUGUUGAUGGGGCACUGCCUGUCUCAAUUUUAGAAAGAAGGUCUUUAAUAGACCUCUUGCAGACCAGUGGCAUGAAGAUAAUGAGCAGGCAAGCAGCUGUAAAAAAAUUGAAGGAGCAUUAUGGUGAAGUGGUACACAAAAUCAAGUCGGAACUGGCCUCCGUAAAACACUUCUGUAUAACCGGGGAUAUUUGGUCUGGAAACCACCGGAGCUUUUUGGGGUAUACUUGCCAUUGGCUCACAGAGAACCUGGAACGCAAGUCGGCUGCUCUUGCUUGCAGGAGAAUAUUCGGCGUGCACUCAUCUGAAAAAAUUGCGCAAGUCAUUGCCGAAAAUUAUGCCGGCUUUGGUCUGAGCCCGUCCAAUGUUAUUAUGACGGUGACAGACAAUGGAUCCAAUUUUGUUAAGGCUUUCAAGGAGUACGGGUGUACGGAAACUGAAACUUCUCAUGAAGAUGAAAGCGAAAACGAUUUGCCAGUUUUCCAAAACGAGCUGCUGCUGCCAAAGCAUCUUCGAUGUUGCAGCCACAUGCUGAAUUUACUUGCUUCCGCCGAUUACGUGAAGAUUUUGAGAAGUGAGCAGGCUUUGUAUAUCCAACAUUCGAUGACAUUCGAAAAAUGCAACGCCUUGUGGAGGAAGUGCAAAUGGCCGAAGUCGUCGGAAAUUAUUGUGGAAUGCUUGGGAUCGACAUUGCUUGUGCCCGUUGUAACUCGGUGGAAUGCACUGUUCGACGCAGUAACGAAGUUACUUUGGGCCAAGGACAAGUUGAAUCCUUUGUGCGAAAGACUCAGCUUGUCACAAUUUUCUCCUAGCGAUUUGCAGUAUUUGGAGAUGUACCAGUUGUUGAUGGGGCCUAUUGCUCGUGCCUUGAACUACCUUCAAGGAGAAAAUAACGUGAAUUACGGCUGCUUAAUUCCGACUCUGAUGACCCUCAGCAAUAGAUUAAGUAAGCUGCAAAACAAGCCAGAAAUGCAUCAAGUUUCCUCUGUGGUUGCUAAGUUGGAGCAGCGUUUAAGAGAUUGGUUUGACGCAUUUUUUACUUUAAAACCGGAGGCCAAUAUAGCACUAGCGGCAACUGCACUAACUCCAGAAAUUAAAAUGAGCUGGAUCAAGGUGUUGCAAAGGAUAAAACCGGAGGUGACAGCAGCGGACAUAGUUACCUGGGGUUUAAGCACAAUUUGCGAUUUCUAUGCAAAAGAUAAUCGUGCUUUCAGUGCACAAAUAUUGAAAAGUAAUGAAUUAUUUGCAAAUAAUAGGCAUUUUGAUUUUGACCUCAACGGUAGGAUUGCUUGAAUAUUCUUAGAUUAUUUUUAUUAAAUUCAUUUAUCUUUAUACAGACACAGAUAACGAAGAAGGAACAAAUGUUACUCCUGAGAUAAAUGCUAGUGAUCGUCGGGCUUUUUUGACCCAUCACUUUUUCUGUUACUUAAAUGACAAUUCAAGAACAGACGACACUUGGGUAAAACAUUGCAGUCUAAAAGAAGCUUUUGUUGCCUUUAAUACUCCCCUGACAUCCUUAGCAUCAGUAGAGAAGCUAUUUUCCUUUGCGGGGAUAGUGAACAGUCCAAGGCGCCAGUCAAUGUCGGACUUAUCAUUUGAGAAAUUGGUGUUAUUGAAAGCAAAUUCUAAAUGGAGUUAAUGUAUAUUUUUCUUGUUAUUUUGUUAUAAAUGAAUUUUGUUAUUUUUUUGGUGUUACAUUUAGUUAUUAUGUCUUGAUUCAAGACUCUUGAAUAUCUUUAUUUGUUGUACAAAAUUGAAUAAAAAAAUUUAUUAAAAAUUAAAAAAAGCAAAAAGACCAAAGUUGUUUGGGGUUUUGGAUUGAAAAGAAUCAAAAAUAAUCAAAAAGAAUCGCUGAAAAGAAUCAAUUAUUUAUUUUGAUUAUUUUCAGUAAUCC